AUGACACGUUUCAGACCCUGCAUAGACCUGCACGCAGGACAAGUAAAGCAGAUCGUGGGCGGCACGCUGGACAGCACGACCGCCGAGCUCAAGACAAACUACGUCUCGAAGCACUCGGCAGGGCACUUCGCCGCUCUAUACAGAGAUAAUGCCCUCGAGGGGGCGCACGUGAUCAUGCUAGGUCCAGGCAACGACGAGGCGGCGAAAGAGGCCCUGGCUGAGUGGCCGGGACACCUGCAAGUCGGGGGCGGCAUCAACGAUCGGAAUGCGGCCAUGUGGGUGGAAAGGGGUGCGAGCAAGGUCAUCAUCACUUCCUUCCUCUUCCCAGAGGGCAAGUUCAGCCAAGAGCGCCUAGAUGCCGUCUUAGCAGCACUUGAAGGGCAAAAGGGGAAGCUUGUCAUAGACCUGAGCUGCAGGCGGCGUGGCGACGACAAGUGGUUCGUGGCUAUGAACAAAUGGCAAACGAUCACGGAUAUGGAGGUGAACCAAGAGUCGAUUAAGAGUCUAGAGCCGUAUUGCUCCGAGUUCCUCAUUCAUGCGGCGGAUAACGAGGGUCUGCAAAAGGGCGUCGACGAGAAACUUGUCGAGAGACUGUCGGAAUGGUGCAGCAUACCAGUCACCUAUGCUGGUGGAGGUAGAAACUUGGAUGAUCUGCAAUUGGUGAAGAAACUGAGCGACGGCAAGAUAGAUCUCACCAUCGGGAGUGCACUAGAUUGCUUUGGCGGGACGGGUGUCAAAUUCGACGAUUGUGUCGAAUGGAAUCGGAAUAAGGGGUUGUAA